GAUUAGGACCAGGCUGCUUUAGUCUGAACUUCCAAGCAACCCAGAAAAGAGGGAGGAAGUUUGAAAAAGGAGCAAUUCUGUGUUUUUGCGGCUGUACACUUAGAGCAAGUCAGAGAGAUUAGAGGCAUAUUAUUAAUAACCUGAAAUCAAACACCUCCUGUCAGAGUUAACUCCCUGUGCAGGAACUUGAGUGUCAGUGUGUGCAGCUGGUGGGUUUUGCUAAGCAGCUGUAAUUAGAGAUUCUUACUGUCUGCUUUGGCAGAUCCUUGUGAGUAUUCUGAUGGGUGAGUUCUGGAGGAUCAUUGCCCGUUGAAUUGAAUAAGCAGUGGGGAUUUUUAUAUUUUGAAUCUUCAGUGGAUAUUUCAACCUCUUCUGAUUUGGUUGUUUUCAGCUAUGUAAUGUUUUUCGAUCUCAUGACAUGGAAAUCGACCAAUGUUUGUUGGAGUCCCUCCCGCUUGGUCAGCGCCAGCGGCUGGUGAAACGCAUGCGCUGCGACCAGAUCAAGGCCUACUACGAGCGAGAGAAGACACUACAGAAACAAGUGGGGCACAAGUCCAAAUUGAAACAGAAGAAGAAAUAUAAGAUCCACUUUGGCUUGUCAGAAAUGAUCCAGGAUGCAAUCAUUCACCACGAUGACAAAGAAGUCUUAAGGCUGCUGAAGGAUGGAGCUGAUCCCAAUGCACUCAUUUCUUCUGGAGGCUCCCUGCUCCAUCUGUGUGCCCGAUAUGAUAAUGCCUUUGCUGCAGAGAUUCUGAUUGAGAGAGGAAUGAAUGUCAACCAGCAGGAUGAGGACUUCUGGGCUGCGCUGCAUGUGGCCUGUGCCUGUGACAAUGGGGACAUUGUACUGCUUUUGUUACUGGCUGGAGCCAAUGUGUUGCUGCAGGAUGUCAAUGGAAACAUUCCACUUGAUUAUGCAAUGGAAGGUACAGAGUCCAGUUACAUUCUUCUCAGGCAUCUGGAAGAGAAUGGCGUCGACGUCAACUCCAUGCAUCACAUGAAAACACAGCGGCCUUUAACCAUGUUGUCAGAUGUCAAGCAUCUCCUAGCAGCUGGUGGAAGUGUCAACCAGAGGAACGAUGAAGGAGUCACAUUGUUACAUAUGGCUUGUGCCAGUGGCUAUAGGGACGUUGUUUCUCUGUUGUUGGAGAAUGGGGCUGAUCCACAGAUUGCUGAUAACAACUACUGGACACCUCUCCACUUAGCAGCAAAAUAUGGACAGACCAGUAUCGUGAAUCAGCUUCUGAAGCAUUUUGCAAAUCCUAAUCUUCUUAAUUGUAAUGAAGAAAAGGCCUCAGACAUUGCAGCUUCUGAGUUUAUAGAAGACAUGUUAUUGAAAGCAGAAACUACCUGGGAAGAAAGGAUAAGAGACCCGGCAACUGUGUCAUUAACACAAGAAGAGCCUUAUGAAGAAAUUAUCCAUGAUGUUUCCAUGCCAGUAAAGAAACUGAAUCCCCUCACUCUGCCGAUCUCCAAGCAGGACAGUCUGCUCGAAAAAGACGCCAUGUUCAGAGACACUGCUGGAGGCCUGUGCAGGCAGCAUUCUCAAGACAAUGGAUGUGACAGCCCUUUGGAGAACAGCACAAAUAAACUGGAACAGGUGACGCUUAUGCCUCCUGCCCCCAACGAUGAUUUGGCAUCACUGAAUGAACUGACUGACAGCAGUUUACUCUAUGAAAUGCAGAAACGGUUUGGAAACAAUCAGAUUUAUACUUACAUUGGAAAUAUUCUUUUGCUGGUAAAUCCAUAUAAAAACCUCCAUAUUUAUUCAACAAUGGUUAGCCAGCUUUAUCUGAGCAGCUCAGGGAGACUGUGUUCCUCACUCCCACCUCACAUCUUCUCCUCUGCUGAAAGAGCGUAUCACAUGCUGUUCCAAGAGCGUCGGCCACAGUGCUUUAUCCUCAGUGGAGAAAGCGGUUCAGGAAAGACUGAGGCCUGCAAGCACAUAGUGAAGCACCUGGCAUGUCGAUCAAGUACAAAGGGCUUCUCGCUGGAAUCCAAGAUUAAACAUGUAAGCUGUGUCCUCGAAGCAUUUGGCCAUGCCAGAACAAAAUGGAAUGAUUUCUCAAGUCGCUUUAUAAAAUAUCUGUCACUGCAAUACUGUGAAAAGAAAAGGACACUAAUCGGAGCCAGGGUUUAUACCUAUGUCUUGGAAAAGUCACGUCUCGUUUCACAGCCACCUCAACAGAACAACUUUAAUAUCUUCUACCUGAUGAUUGAUGGCAUGUCCAGUGAGGAGAAGUGUGGUCUAUACCUCAAUAACUUACUUGCACACAGGUACCUGAGCCAAAAUGUACCCGAGGAGACACAGUCAACAGCGAACACUCAAAACAGAGAAAAAUUUGCUAGCCUGAAACAAGCCCUGAGGGUCUUGGGCUUCAACAAUCUGGAGGUGGAAAACCUGUUUGUUAUCCUGUCUGCAGUUUUACACCUUGGGGACAUUCGGUUCACUGCCCUGACAGAUGCUGAGACAGCGUUUGUGUCAGACCUGCAGUUACUAGAACAAGUGGCUGGCAUGCUGAAAAUUUCAACUGAUGAACUUGGAUCAGCCUUAACAUCUGAUGUACAGUACUUCAAAGGGGACGUUAUAAUGAGAAGACACACAGUUGAAGUGGCAAAUCAUUACCGGGAUCUCCUAGCAAAGUCACUGUAUAAUCGUCUCUUCAGCUUUUUGGUGAACAGCAUCAACUACUACCUCCAGAGUCAGGACGACAGCAACGGAGACCCCGCCCUUGAAAUUGGAAUAUUGGACAUCUUUGGGUUUGAAGAGUUUCAGAAGAAUAGUUUUGAGCAGUUGUGUAUCAACAUGACUAAUGAGAGGAUUCACCAGUACAUUAUGGAGGUACUCUUUCAGCAGGAGCAGACAGAGUGCGUGCAGGAGGGAGUCGCUAUGGAAACGCUACAUUCUCCUGGCAACCAGUCUGCUGUCUUGGAUUUUUUCUUUCAGAAACCCCACGGCCUGCUAUCGGUGCUGGAUGAGGAGAGCCAGGCACUUCGACCUGCGGAACAAAACCUGUAUAAGAAGCUCCAGUCUCAGCUGGAAAUGUCAAACGUGAAUGCUGUGUACAUGUCUACAAAGGAUGGAAAUGGCAACCCUGCGCCAAAGGACCAAGGGCCCGCUUUCACUGUCAUGCAUUAUGCAGGCAGGAUGACUUACGACCUCACAGGAGCACUUGAAAAGAAUAAGGAUUUACUUCCACAAAAUCUCCUUUUUGUGAUGAAAACCAGUGAAAACGUAGUCAUCCAUCAAAUGUUCCAGUCAAAGCUGACACAAACUGGUUCCCUUGUUCCUCCCUACCAUCGCCUUAAACUCAGAGGACCCAAAGCUGCUCUGCUUAUUCAGAAAAUGACAUCAGCUGCAGCACCCAAAGAACCAAAGAAAUACCUGGACCUCAGUAAGCUGCUGAAAAAGAAAGGAGCAACUUCAUUUCUUCAGCGGCUAGAGCGUUGUGGUCCAGUUACCGUGGCUGUACAGCUCAGGAACUCAAUUGCUGAUAUUACUGGUAAGCUGCAGAACUGCACUCCACAUUUUGUACAGUGCAUUAAACCCAACAACUCAAGGCAGCCAGAUUCUUUUGACAAUUUCUAUGUGUCCACUCAACUGCAAUACAUUGGCGUACUGGAGAUGGUAAAGAUGAUUCGCUAUGGAUACCCAGUGAGACUGUCCUUUUCAGGUUUCUUGGCAAGGUACAAGGAUUUGGCUGACACAGUACUUGGAGACAAGAAGAAGCUGUCCUCUGAAGAGAAGUGUCGCCAUAUUCUCCACUAUUGCAAGUUGCAGGGGUGGCAGGUAGGGCACAGCAAAGUGUUUCUGAAGUACUGGCAAGCUGACAGUCUUAAUGAUCUGUGCCUUCAGCUGCAGAGGAAAAUCGUAACUUGUCAGAAAGUAGUGAGAGGGUUUCUUGCACGCCAGAGGCUGCUGCACACAAUGAGCAUCAAGCAGCAAGAGGUCACCUCCAUGAGGAGCUUCCUGCAGAAUGUGGAAGACAAGGGACUCAGAACAUAUGAUGGCUUGGUCAUCCAGAACGCCUCGGAUAUUGCUCGGGAGAAUGACCGCAUCAGGAACGAAAUGAAUGGGGCUCAUGUGAGAGAAAAACUUGACAGCAUCAGCGCAGAGACAGAGGGAAAUAAAAGAGCUGUAGACAAGGGUGGGAAGAUCAAUGAAGGCAGCUUUGGGGGCUGCCGGACACUCAAGCACUAUCAUUGCAGCUCCAUUCCCAUCCCUUUGGCUGUGGACAACGUGGUACAUUCCGCAGCUGCUACAUCAAUCAAAUCCCCUUCGCUACAAUCAGUGUUCAGCAUGGAGGAUAGCAACUGCCUACCAUCACCACGGAAACAGCCUCCUCCCAAACCAAAGAGGGACCCCAACACAAGGCUGAGUGCUUCAUAUGAAGCCGUUAGUGCAUGCUUGUCAGCUGCCUCUAAAGAAACACCCAGUGAAGCUCUGGCUAAACCACGGCCUCAUAGUGAUGACUACAGCACAAUGAAGAAGAUUCCUCCACCAAAGCCAAAAAGAAGUCCCAAUACUAAACUUAGUUGUUCUUAUGAAGAGAUUUCAGCUCCCAGACCAACUGAGGUUAAGCUGUCCUGCCUUAUUAAGGGGGGGCACUGCCUAGGGAUGAUACAAAGGGCUGCUUCAGCAGAUGGGCCCCAGUAUGGUGUGGUCAGCUUGUACAGCUCACAGGAAGAAGAGGAGGCUGUAUAUAUUGAAAUGGUAGGAAACGCCAGAACCAAGAGCUUAACAGGGGUGGACAGUCCUGACCAAGGGGAGUCUGUGUAUGAAGAAAUGAAGUAUUUUCUGCCAGAAGAAGGAACAACUGGUAAAAUAAUGCUGGCAAAAACAGACAAGUGUUCCCAGCAGUUGUAUGAGACCAAAAAGCUUGUAAUCGUCGAGCACUUCAACCCUGUUCCUAUAGGAAAAGUUUACUGCAAAGACGGUACUUGUGACAUUCCGCCACCUUUCCCGAACUUGCUCCCUCACCGGCCACCUCUCUUGGUCUUUCCCCCAACCCCUGUUACAUGUUCUCCUGCCUCAGAUGAAUCACCUCUAACGCCAUUGGAGGUCAAGAAGCUGCCGGUUUUUGAAACCAAUCUGAACUUUCCAGUGCAGCCUGAAGGUUCCAGCCCACUGUCUCCACAGUUUGCAAGGCAUCAGAAAGGAGAAAGUGAGAGACCAACUUCUCCCAGUCUGUCCGUUUUCUAUAUAUCCAGCAAGGUCUCACCACCUCCAACACCUCCACCUCCUCCUCUUCUUCCUCUUCCUCCUCCUCCUCCUGGGCCUCCCCCUCCCUACAGACCCCUGUCACAUUUCCCUUUCCCCCCAGACUUGUGUGCUUUGGCAUUAACAAAAGUACCUCAAAAGACAGGUAACGCAACAGAAGCUCCUUCAGGCUGUUCAAAAGCGCCCUACUCCCCUGUAAAGACUGCCAGGGUGGAACCAAGGAAAUCUCACUCCUGUUCUUCUUCCCCACUACCGUUCAAUCCUGCAAAUAUCAGACCUCUGACCAGCCCCCUUGAUGAGCUGACCACUCUUUUCAGCUCGGGAAAAAGCCUCUUAAGGAAGUCUGCUGCUGGACAGAAAAUAAGGGAGCCAGCAAGCAGCAACUCAAACAUCAACAUGCCUAGCAGGGAGAACCACAGUGAAACAAGACAGUCGCCAGAACUUCAGGAUAAAAAUGCCAAUAACCAUGUGACUACCUUCUCUUCAUCAGCACCCAGUCCUGUUGCAGUAGAAAAUGGAAACCAGAUUUCAAAUGGUUUACCAGAGUAUUCAAAAUCUUCCAGUAGCUCAGCAGCUCCAUCAGUUCAAAGACACAUGGAAGGCCAUAAUAGUCAGGUGAUCCAUCAGCUGCGUCUAUCGCAAAAUGAAAGCACAGCCUUGCAUGAGUUAUUGGAGUGGAGACGGAAACUGUGUGACGAGAAGGAAGACUGGCAGAAAACCAUCCAUAAAUCAGAGCACAAGACCAAUGCACCUCCUCCCCCUCACCCACCCUGCAAAAAAACAACUCUGGUAAAGAAGAUGUGAGAUUGAUUUUGUGACUGUCCAUGCUCCCUGGAUUAUUGGAUACAAAAUGUGUUUUUCUUCAUGACCAAGAAGAGACUUCUAAACAAUCUGGGAACCGCAAUUAUAUAUCAGGUCCUUCUGCUUGUCAAGGCUCGAAAGAUUUUUGUUGAACAAGCGCCUGGUGUGAAAUUCUGCUGAAAAGGUACAAAAACAGCAUGCUUUGGAAACAACACUACCUUCUAAGAACUGUGAGAGCAGUCUGAAUGGAUUGUUGCACAAAACCGUCAUCAAAGUCAUGAAUGUAUCUUAAAUGUUAUUUCUUUGGGGGGGACACAGGUUUAUACAUACAACUGGUAAAUACUGUCAAGUGUCUUUAAAAAAAAAAAAGCUGCCGGCUCAUGUAACUUCAUGAAUGGUUAUGUAUUAAUUUGUACACCUAUAUGUUAAACUGGGGACAAAAUAUACGUUUUGUGUUUUAUAGGUGGGACUAUAAAACAUAUACCCAACUGGUGCUGGUUUUCUUAACUCAAUGUGCAGGGGAUACUUAGCACAGGUUACAGCUUAACUGUUGACCUCAGUGUUAUCACUUUGUAUUAACCAUUCAGGUAUGGCAAUGUGCUUUCACUUUCAGGUUCUGCUGCCCUAUAAAUAGUGUAGUUUCAGGGAAAUUCAAAAACAUAAAGUCAGAUUCAUUUCACUGGUUGCUGAGACAUUCUAACACCGUUUUUGGCACCAAGGCUAAUAACUAUUUAAAAAAUGAAUUGGAGAGCAAAACCAAUCUCCAUGUUUCAAUGAGUUUAUUUCCCAGACAGCUUUAGAUUCGUUGCUCUGUGCCAUGUGUGAUCUAUUUACUGGUGUUAUGCUUUGUAAGAUUUCUGUUGGGAACAUACUAACUGAAGUAGUUUGCCUUACAGAACAGUAUUGGUGUAACAUCAUUUGUCAUCAGACUCCUUUUUGGCCAUUUUUUAAAAAGACAAAUUAGAACAAAUGGUAGUUGCUGGUGCUUGACUUUCAGUUAGCGGUACUUAACGUUUCUCAGAUAUAAUCAAGUCCCUUUGUUUUGGGUUUUUAAUUUAUAUAAAUCUGCGCAGGAAGUUAUAUGUGCUCAUUAAGAUAAAUGGAUGGAAAAGGAGCCCACUUGACAACUAGUUGUGGAAAUCUGGUUAAACCAUAUCAGUGUUACAAUAUAUUAAACAGAACUUCACUAAAACCAAUGUAUUGACAUUCAUUUUCUUGGUAUAAAUCUGUAUUUACAUGCUUGGAUGCCCUAUAUAUAUAUAUAUAAUUUUUUUUUUUUUUUUUUUUUUUUUUUUUAAUAUUGAAACUAAAGGGCCUUGAAUAUAAUCAACCAUGUAAUACUAUAGAAUUCAGUACUGAAAAAGGCCUGUCACAUAAAUACCUCUGUAGGUUACUUUGCCUAGCACUUUUACACGUGAGUCUUUAAUAGUGUUAUUGUCCAGAUUUGACACUGCUAGGUAACAGUAAGUCACAUUUACCAUACAGAUCAAGCUGCAGUUCUAUACAAACUAGCCCACAAAAAAAGCUUUGUCACUGUAAAUAAAACAUAUUUAGAAGGGUUACAGCAGUUUCUAAGGGGCAAUAUAAGAAUGGUGACUACAGUACUUAACGCUGGACAAAAAAGACAAGAUGCCCAUGUAAAAAAUACUAUAGUAACUCAAGUGAGGUGAUUUCUUGCUAUAGGGUACUAUAAUAUUUGUAUAUGGGUGAUAACACACUGCUACAAAUAUAGACAGUGCCUGUAUCUGGAGGAAAUAAGUAUUGAAAAUGAGACAAAUUAUUGUUGAAGCUUCCCUCACUGCCACUAACAUUUCCCUGUUCAGAAAGCAGAUAAGCUGGUUUAGCAAUUAAGCUGUUAUUUGUUAAAAGCACAAACAUCUUACCUAAAUAUAAUGCUAGAUUAAACAGUACAAUUUGCACAACACAUAAAAGUAGUGGCUAUCAACUGUUAGAUUAAUGUAAACAUAGCUAAAAUCAAUACAAAAAAUUAAAAAUGAAAACAUUUUAUAGCACAAUAAAAAAAAAUAUUUUCCACAAAAUUUACAUCCCACAUUGGUGUAUUUUAAACUUGUUUAAAUUACUCCCAGUCUGUCAUUCAUUUUUCAGCUUUACUAUGACUAUUGUACUCUGAUAUACACAAGAAUCUGUUACGCAUUUGUAAUUGCAAGACCACAUUAGCUCAAACUUAAUGUUGUGCUUCAGACUUUUUUAUGGAUAUAUUGUCAUUGUACAUAGUCAAACACUUUGGGGUUCUAGAGAGUCACUGUAUUGUUUGAAUGCGCUCAUGCUAAUGCACUCUCCUGCACACCCCAAAAGGCCCAAGCUUUAUUUGAUGACCUGGACCUUUUGUGUUGAAAAAAAAAAAAAAAAAUCAAUAUAGUUUACUAGGGCAAUUCUUUUUCAGAAUAGUGCUUUUGCAAAUGCCUUUUUUUAUUGUACACAAAUCUAUGUGCAUUGCUUAUAUACUGUAUAUUAGAAGAAAUGUGUGGUGUGCAGCUUUUAAGUAGAUUUUGUUUUGUAAUUUUAAAAUAUCACUUUUAGUUCCAUGUGCAAUGUUUGUGAAGAAAUGUUUCUUUAUCCUGUUUUCAGCAUUUAUAAAUAUAGCAAUAAAGCACAAUUGAACCAGACCCUUGGAAUGAACCCAAAAAGUCACGUUUCAUCAUAUUUAAAUCCUUUUAUCUAUAUUAUUUGAAACAUGAUUGUCAUAUCUGUUAGUGCAGGAGGGGUGGUUAUUCACAAGCAACAUUAGCUUACAUCAUCCAGAAUUUAGCAUCUAACUCUGUAACACAAUAUACAGUAUGUGAGUUAUUUUCUGAUAUGGAAUGAUACUGAAUAUUUUACUAGAGGCAGGUUAAUUGUUGAUUUUUAUAGAUGCUGCUGCCUUUUACUGAACAGGUAAGUAACCAGAUCUUAUUAUAAACAAAUCUAUUUAUUGAAUAUUGAAAAUACAUAUAAUUUACACAUUCAUUAUUUUUAUUGGAUUGUUAGUUGUAUGAAACAGUCAAUAAUUAUGUUCACAGUAAAAUGGAUAUAAGUAGAAAGUGACCCAUAAUAAUGAAGUUUAUUAAUAAAAGCUAGUGAUCAAGCAGACAUAAGCAGAACAUUAAAUUAGGUCAGGUUCUACAUAUUUCUUAACAGCCCUUUUUGAAAUUACAGCUUGAAGGGUAUGUAUCUGAGGUGUGGUCAGCAUUAUUACCUGGAUAACAAAGGAUGUUGCAGCCUUCCCAGUUUCCAAGGAUCAAUUCUUUAUUACAUUCAGUAAAGAAGAUCUGAUUCAAAGGCUUUGCACUUCCCCAACCACCAACCAGGACAGUACUGAGAAGCAUUUACCUUCAUCCCUGAGAGAUGCAACACUUUGUGAUUCCCUCAAAGCUCAUUUUGCAUUUUAAGUCUGCAUAAUAAAUUAGUAAUCUGCACUCCAUUAAAUGCAAUGUUGCUCACUAAAUAAAAACAAUGUAUAGAUUAUGAAUAUAUAGAUACUGUUUUAUCAAAAAUGUUAUCAGAAGCAAUAUCUUGAAUGUGUUUCUGUACAUUAUUAUUCAUAUUGUUGAUUUCAACAAACAGGUUAACAACUUAUUUAGAAGCGUCAGAAAAAAAAAAAAGCUAAAGCAUUUGGAGUUAAAAAUCCUGUCUUAACAAAUAGUUUUCUAAAGGAAACUUUUUUUAGCAAGGAGACCUCAGAAGUGUUUAUUGCAAGUCUAUGUACACAUUCAAAAAGAUAAAAGGGAUAACAUUCCAGUCACAAACACAAAAGCUUCAAAGAAAAGAGACACUUUUAACACCUCCAAUGAAGGAGAACACUCUCACUGAUGAGAGAGGUGACACGAUUCUUAUCUCGUGGCAAAUGUUGUGUUUUUCGAUGCCCUGCUGAGCAUUCACGAACGUUCAUUUGGCAAUAAAUGUCUUGUUGGUGACAUGAAAAAUCUGCACCAGAAUCUAAUUCUCUUUGUUUCGAAUUCAGGGGCAGGACAGGAGCAAGAAUUGUUGCAGGAUUAUUAUUUUCCUUCUCCAUGAAACUUAUUUCUUCAAAAGCUUAAAAGGCCGGACCACGGAAGAACAACUGUCACAAGAUUG